AUUGUUUAGAGAAAUGGAAUCUACCGGAUUAGAGGAGUCAUUUAAGGACUUAAUGAGUUUUGAUAGAGAUUUAGGAAAUUUGGAGCAGGAAGAUGAUGAAGGGAGUGAAUUGGAGAGUUUCAAAUGUCUUGAAUGAAAUAUUGGCUUCACGAUCCCUAAAGAACAAGAAGCCUGCCCACGUUGAUUAGGAAACAAUAUUGAAAAAAUCAACCGAGAUAUUGUUUUUUCUCAUUCAAAGCCAGUAGAGGGAAUACAUAUUGACUAUAAUAGUCCUUCAGACUCAACUUCAUCUAGAAUAGCAGACCAAAGAAGACUGCAAGCUCUAAGUAGAAGGGAAGAAGUUCAAAGAAAAAUGAAAGAGGUUCAAAAAGAAAUGCGAACAAUUCAAAAAGAAAGGGGAGAAAUUCAAAGAAAAAGGGAAGAAGUUCAAAGAGAAAUGCAAAAAGUUGAAAAAGAAAGGGAAGAGGCUCAAAGAAAAAGGUGAGAGAUUCAAAGAACAAGACAGGAAGUUCAAAGAAAAAGAGAAGAAAAUCAAAGAAUAAUGGAAGAAAAUCAAAGAAUAAUGGAAGAAAAUCAAAGAAUAAUGGAAGAAAAUCAAAGAAUAAUGGAAGAAAAUCACAGAAUAAGGGAAGAAAAUCAUAGAAUAAUGGAAAUAAAUAGAACAAGAAGAUUAGAAGACAUGAAAAGGCAAACAGAAGAAGCUGAAACAAUUCAAAGGUUCCCUCACACUGAAGCUACAAUGCCUAUCUCCAAAGUUACAUUAAAAGAGUUAAAUGAAAUAAGUAUUACUCCUGAUCAUUACGAUACUGAAGGAGGAAGGAUGGACCCUCCAAUAUGCACUAUCUGCUAUGAAAACAUGCUCACCAAAGCCAUAAAACUCCCCUGUAACCACCUCUUCCACUCAGCCUGCCUCUCAAUGCUCCUCUCCAGGCACACAACUUGCCCUCUCUGCCGUGAGCCCAUCCAGUAAAAAUUCUUCAAAUCAGUCAUAUUUCA